AUGAACAAGUGGGUUAGAGAGGGAAAGCGGCAGCGUGAUGAUUGCGUCACACGGGAAACUACUUUUCGCGAGCAUUGUUACCCGUUGACACUGCUACGAAAGGUAAAGCUUGCAGAUGGCACCGACGGGGAAGAGAUCAUUGAAGCUCUCGCAAUGCCGAUGCAGAUAUUUGCUGCCGUCGGCAUGCCUUACAGGAUGUAUCGUGGCUUUGUCCCAUGCAGGCCUAACUUUGUUAAGGAAGUGGAGGGCACUGGUGGUGUUGCCUCGAUGGGCACAACAGUGAAUGACCCCGAAAAUGUGUUGCAUCUGGAGAAGGAUUUUUCCUUACCCACAGUUGAUGUCUGCUUAUGUGGGUAUUCUAAGGGGGCAGCGGGUUUCCCCCCAAGAUUUAGAUGA